AUGAGCGUGAUGCUGUGGCGAUGGGAGCAGAACAACAGCACCAUGAAGCUGAUUUAUACAGAUUGGGCUAAUCACUAUCUAGCAAAAUCUGGUCACAAGAGAUUGAUAAAGGAUCUACAGCAAGAUGUGACUGAUGGAGUCCUGCUAGCUGAAAUAAUCCAGGUUGUAGCAAAUGAAAAGAUUGAAGACAUCAAUGGCUGCCCAAAAAAUAGGUCUCAAAUGAUUGAAAACAUAGAUGCAUGCCUGAGUUUCUUGGCUGCGAAGGGAAUUAACAUCCAGGGGCUGUCAGCAGAAGAGAUCAGGAAUGGGAAUCUAAAGGCCAUCCUGGGCCUUUUCUUCAGUUUAUCUCGAUACAAGCAACAGCAGCAGCAGCCACAGAAACAGCAACCGCAACACCAUCCGUCCCAGCAGCCUCCCCCAGUCUCCCAGCAAGCGUCCCCGUGCCAGGUCGGGGUACCCCAGCAGCAGGUACCGGCUCUGCUCCAGACUCCGUGCCAACAGCCCCUGCAAGCUGCGCAGCAUCAGUUCAAAGCACAACCAGAAAUGCAGUCCAGACUUCCAGGCCCCACCACGAGAGUGUCCGCUGCAGGCAGUGAGGCCAAAGCUCGUGGUUCUAUUAGUGCCAACAAUCGACGCAGCCAGAGCUUUAAUAAUUACGACAAAUCUAAGCCUGGACUUCCCCCUCCAACGCCAACGAGUAGCAAUGACAAAG